AUGUUCUAUAGCUUUGAUUACAUAAGCGAUGAGCUAAUAAACCAUGUAUCACCCGGAUAUCCACAGAUCAAUUUCGCGGCUCAAAUAUACCUUUAUUUACAUUUUGAACCUUUUAUAUUAAUCAUUAGAGAAGAGGUUGAAAAAGAGGCGGUAUUCCAAGUCAAAAUGAUUAGAAGACAACCAACUACAAUCACACUUUCUCCAGAAGAUGUUAUCAGUUAUGAUGAUGAAAAAGCUAAACAACAACAACAACAAUCAUUGAAUCAAAAUCAAAACUCAUAUAAUCAAAAUGGUAAUACUUCUCAAGAUUCUGUUUUACAAAGAUUACAAAGUCUGAAAUCAAAAGAUGAAAGAAUUGGGUUGAGAACCAGUAGUAGAAAUUGA